ACUCAGACACACACACAGACACAUAUAGAUAAAUAUUUCAUUUUCAAUUUUAUUUUCAGUGUUCGAUUCGUAAUCUCUGGAGUCGCAAGCAUGACAGCACUUCAGGCCUCAACCUCCUAUGGCGUCGGCAUUUCGACCUUCGUUACCUCUCCUCGUCUUCGUCUCCAUCACCGCCAUGUAAUCACUGCCCAAGUGGAACCAUCGGACAAGUCUGUUGAAAUCAUGAGGAAGUUCUCGGAGCAGUAUGCUCGUAAGUCGGGAACAUACUUCUGUGUCGACAAAGGAGUUACUUCUGUUGUUAUCAAGGGACUGGCUGACCAUAAAGAUUCAUUGGGUGCACCACUUUGCCCUUGUAGGCACUAUGACGACAAAGCUGCUGAGGCAGGGCAAGGGUUUUGGAACUGUCCAUGUGUUCCCAUGAGAGAAAGGAAGGAGUGUCACUGCAUGCUCUUUCUCACCUCUGAUAACGAUUUUGCUGGCACAGAACAGACCAUUUCAUUGGAAGAAAUCAAAGAAGCAACAGCAAAUAUGUAGUGCUCGAAUCUAGUGUAUUGAAUUCACUGGUUUGAAUGCUCUUGUAUGUAAAUUUGUAUUGUGAUAAGAAUCAUCUCUAGUUAUGUUCCAAUGUUUUGUGCAUUAGCAAUGGUCUUGAAGAAUCUUUGAGAAAUCAGAAUAUACAUUAAAGAUCUGUAAGAAGCAUGUCAGCAUUGACUAGAUAUCUGUUUCAUGAUUUGCUGUGUAUGUUCAAUUAACAUGGCACAUAUUCUUGAAGAUCAUGUCAUAUGGUUUGUUUGAAAA